CAAUUACUCAACACCUCGUGGCCGAAGAGCAAUCAGCUCAUAUUGUACGGGACUUGGAAAGGGCUUCACUGAGCCGCGCGGUUGUAUUGCAUCGCAAGAGCACUUUCUCUGGGCGCCACGAGGGACGAGGCUCUCGACUGGAAAGAGAAUCUACUGUACGAGACCCAGCACAAGCCAGCCUUGGAGUCCGGGAUUUGGUCAAGAUCGACCUUGUGGCGUAAAAAGGGGAAUCGAGCCCUCGUGACCGAGUAUCUGCUUUGUCGUCAGGCGCUUCUGUCCGAUUGGAUCCGGUCCACCAGGUCAGCUCCAUCUUCACAAUGACACCCCCUACGCUCCCACUCGCCCCGUCUCACUCCGCCUCUCAGCACCGGACGCUCCUCUCACUCGAGCCGUUGACACCAUCAUCAUUCUCCGAGUUCGGCACUGCCAUAUGCGCUCCAUUUGAUUCCUCGUUGACGACUCCUCCCCGCUCAUCGGCGUCCAUCCCCGUGCCGCUCCAUGCCCCUCACCAACCCGCCCCGGUCUUUGCCAACCAGAAUUCGGCGCUGAAGACGUCUCCGAUCUCGCAAUUCAGCAACAACUACCCCAAGGCUCCGGCCUCGAAGCCCCAAAUGAGCAUGUUCUCCUGCUUCCCCAGGAACCUGAGCGGGAUCGGAGUCGAGCCGUCCGGUGGCGCCGGGGGGAGCAUCUUCAGGGUCUCAAUCCUGGAGCGACACCCAUAUACGACUCAGACGUUCAGUCCACUCGGCCUUUCUGCUGCCUCGGAUUCUUCCACCUUCUUCCUCGUCGUGGUGGCUCCCUCCCUCCCUUCUUCGACCACGGCUGUCAAGUCCACGGGUAGCGAAACAGCCAUCGCCAACCCCCCAGAUCUUGCCCGUCUCCGGGCGUUCCUGGCUAGAGGUGACCAGGCAGUCACCUAUGGCCCGGGGACAUGGCAUGCACCAAUGGUUGUACUGGGCCAGCGACGCGUCGAUUUCCUGGUCACGCAAUUUGUGAACGGGGUUGCAGAGGACGAUUGUCAGGAGGUGCUACUAGGCCAGAAUGAUAUCGGAAUAGAUUUGAGUGGGUUGGGGCUGGAUGGAUUUGCGAGGCCGAAGCUAUAAAGCGGUGUGAAAUGGGCGAGGGCACCCAUCGCGACAGCGGAAUUCCUGACGACGAUCGGUAAUCGAUUGCCAUGUCAUUCAUUCUUUUCUUCCACAUUGACAUCCCGCCAAAAGAACAUACAUACUCAGGGGGUAUCAUAUGCCAAUCCAAAGCAAUCACGAUCCGGCCACCGAUUGCCAUCUCAAAAUCGCCAUUGUCGUCGGCACUUUUCAGGUCAGAAGGCAUGGUAUCCAAAGCUGACCUAGCCAACAAAGGGGUUGAUCACGAGCCUUACUUUCCGCCCUCCAGCUUCGUCACUAACCUCUUCAUGCCCACCCACUCAUCCAUGCUGGCCUCCCCAUUUCCGCAUUGCAAUCCCUUUCCGACGUCGAACACUGUAACCACGCCAUCGAGCCCACCGACAGCCAUGUGGCUGCCUCGUUUCUCCUCCCAGGCCACUUUGUUCAAUCCCUUGAAGGGGACCACUCCGUUCUUUCCCCUCGUCGGACUGGCCUUGGCAAUCGGAACUUCCAGGUCAUAGCUAAGAUCGAACACCUCCAACUCUCCUGCACCGGUGACGCAGGCAAAAACUGAUGGUUUAUGGGGUGCCCAUUUUGCAUCGUAGACGAGAUCUUCCCUAGCAAGAUUGAGGAUAGGGCUCAGAACUGUCGGCGCUGCUCCUCCAGCUGCUAUAGUUGAGGCGCUGGUGCUGGAACUCGCAGCGGGCUUCACUCGCCACAGUUUCACGGACCAGUCAGAGCUGGAACUUAGUAGUAGAUCCCCUAGAUCCACGGGCCCUCGCGCAGGGUGGAAUUGCGAGGACAUGACUGGUGCAGUGUGGCCCUUGUAGGCAACGCGGCUGUCCACGCCUGCUUGAGCUCCGGCUCGAUCGUACCGGUGGCAUGGGUAAAUGGUGC